AUGGGUUAUGCAAUAAAUAAACCUAAUACAGGGUUUAUUGGACCCUUAACACAAGCUGAAUAUGAACAACUUUAUCCUCGAACUGACAAACCUGAUCUAUUGGCUGAGGUAGCUGCUGAAGAAAACGAAUGGAUAGAAUUUGAACGUCUUGAUGAAAAAGAAGCUGUUCAAGCUGGAACUGCAGCUUGGACUCCUUUAACACCACCCUAUAUCGAUUCACAUUUCUCCAUAUGGUCUCUGUCAGAAUCUAUAAGUGCUAGUCAGCUUUAUCUGGGUGGAAAGCUACCUCCACCUCCAUCAGCUAGUUGGGCAAAAGUAUUACGAAGAGACUAUACAGCAGAUGAUUACGAAGAAGAAAUUGAUUAUAUGCGUGCUCGAGCUGAAAAUGAGAUCAAAUAUGAAAUUGGUGAACUGGCUCCUGUGCGAUAUGCAAUUCACGUUCAGGUUGCUUCAACGUAUUCCGAAAGUUUGAUGAUUUCUUCUUUGGCUGAAGAUUAUUAUUGUAUAGCAGGUUAUAUUGGUUGGUGUGAUCUGUCCGAUCCAAGUCUUUCCAGUCAUGUUCAACAAAUGAGUCAUGAUCCGUUACUUGUUGGUUUACGUUAUGAUGUUAGUGAAAUGGAUGGUGAUUAUCUGUUAGAGUCAAUGAUCGAUAGUAAUUUCUCAGUAAUUGAACAUCAACAACUUGUAUUCGAUUUAGCUAUUGGACCACAUCAAUUAAGACAUGCAUGUCAUUUAGCUUAUCGUCAUCCUAAAUUAAAAUUAGUACUUAAUCAUUGUGGUUUACCUGUAGAGUUUACUGCAAGCAGAUCAGAUAAUUUAGCUUGGAAAAACUGGCGCUCAGAUUUGGAACUACUCAGUCGAUAUCCAAAUGUUUAUUGCAAAGUGACUGGUGCUACUGGUUGUAUACAAAAGUCUUCAGAAUCAUCUAACGAUACAUCCGAUGUUUACAGUAUCGAUCAUUGGUGUGCCAGUUCAGCUUUAUCUCAUGCAAUCAGUUGUUUUGGACCAGGUCGUUGUUUAUUUGGCUCCGGUUGGCCAAUAUGUCGGUUAUUCCAACCAAAUCAAACAGGUUGGCCUGAACAAGCCACAGCUAGUGAUUUACAAACAUUUGAUAUACCUGGUGAAAUAGCCGCUAAACGUGCAAGACGAUCAGUUCCAUUGAAAGUUCUUAAUCUAUGGGAGACUGCUAGAUUGGUGGAACAUGCUAUGGGUGAUGCUGGUUAUGGAUCAGUUGAAGAUAAAGAAAAAAUAUUUUCGACAAAUGCACAACAUGUAUAUAGUUUAUCUAUUCGACCAUAUGGUUCAUGUCCGAAACUUAAACAUUCUGAAUAAUAUUGAACAAUCAAUUGUAUCAUAUUAUAAAUUCUGUACAAAG